UCCCUGGGACAGCAGGCUGUCUGUUGACUCUGGUGGUGUUUAUUCGCGCUUGUUCCUAUUCUCUCUCUCUCUCUUGCACCGGGCCAUUUGUGUUUGGAGGAGAUCCGUGAAUUUUGUUGCAAUGUGACGCCAAGAUGAAUGAAGAUUAGCGUGAUGUCGGACCAGUGCACGCGCCUCGCACCGGGUGCGCGCCCGGAUCUCGACAGGAAGCCUCGUGAAACGUCUUGAAACUGGUUGAAAAUCAGCGUUGAAAAUGCCGGCAACGCGACCGUACAGGUGCCCAUUGUUGUCGCUAGAUCACAGACUUUUUCACGAGACUGCGAGUCCGGACUCAGAAACAAACACACGAAUCGUGUACCGUACGUUUUGAGUGACCCCGCAACCCUGAGACUCGCGUAUCGCGUUCCGACCGCGUUAUAGGUUAGGUUGCCGGUACAUAACCUUCAAGGGAUCGGAGCGAGUGUUCACCGAGCGUCGCAAGACCGACGAAUACGCGGAUUCCAGGCGGUUUUAACGGAACACCGUGAACCUGAAGAUAUCCUGCUAAGUGCUGAUUCCUGCCACAGUGGGUGAUCGGUGCUAUGGAAUGAGUUGGGUGACCACAGGACAAUGAAGGCCAAUGGGACAAAUAAUGGCUGUAGCCGCCUAAACACGCCAUUGGCAGCCACCACCACGCUGGAGGAUCCGGGAACACCAGCCUCUUGGAAGGGCCCGCCACCCGGCUCGGAGGCGUCGCCCUUUACACCGAACUCCGUUGGCCAGGGUGGAGGUCCAGGGUCCGGUCCCUAUAAUAGCACAGGCGGUCCACCGAGCAAUGCAGCCUUCCAAGGUCCGAGUCCGUUUCCUGGUGGCGCUGGUAGUCCAGCAGGCGCGCCACCAUAUCAGGGACCACCACCAGGUUCCGCGACACCUCAAUACACCGCCUCGCCGGCACCAAGCGGUUCCUCGACACCCGGUCCAGGACCACCUCCGAAUUCCGCGGGUUUCCCACCGCCGCCGAACAAUUCCGGGCCGCCUUACAAUGGGCCCGGCCCAAGCCCGUUUGGCUCGCCAUCUGGCGGGCCGCCGCAAUUCGUCGGUAGGCCCGGUUCUUCGGGACCUCCGUUUGUACCCCCGGGAGCCGGGAAUCCUCAUUUUCCGUCUCACGGUCAACCAUUCGGCGGACCCCAAUACGGAAUGCCACCCGGUAGCCCGUUUGGACCUGGUCACCCGAUGACAGGACCAAUUGGACCCGGUCAUCCAGCGAUGAUGGGACCCGGAGGACCUGUGGAUAGGAUGGACCAGGGAUCGUUGCCUGUCCCCAGGAGGCACACUCCGUACUUUGGCCAGCCGGACUACAGGCUCUACGAGCUCAACAAAAGGUUACAGCAACGCACCGAGGAAAGCGACAACCUCUGGUGGGACGCAUUCGCGACCGAAUUUUUCGAGGACGACGCGACCCUAACCCUCACGUUCUGCCUGGAGGACGGUCCCAAGAGAUACACGAUAGGCAGGACGUUAAUACCUAGGUACUUCCGCUCGAUAUUCGAGGGCGGAGUGACGGAACUUUACUACAAUUUGAAGCACCCGAAGGAGUCAUUUCACAAUACCAGCAUAACCCUCGACUGUGAUCACUGCGUUAUGGUCACGCAUCACGGAAAGCCGAUGUUCACGAAGGUAUGCACGGAGGGUAGAUUAAUAUUGGAAUUCACCUUCGACGACCUUAUGAGGAUAAAGUCGUGGCACAUGUCGGUGAGAACGCACAAGGAGCUGGUACCUAGGACCGUGGUCGGAAUGCAACAAGACCCGACGAUGCUCGAGCAGCUCAGCAAGAACAUCACCAGGCAGGGUAUCACUAAUUCCACCCUGAACUACCUUAGGUUAUGCGUGAUCUUGGAGCCGAUGCAGGAGCUAAUGUCGAGGCACAAGGCGUACGCGUUGUCACCGCGGGAUUGCCUGAAGACGACCUUGUUCCAGAAAUGGCAGAGGAUGGUUGCCCCGCCGGGUAAGAGAGAGUCCCAGAGGCCGGCCAGCAAACGAAGAAAGCGAAAGGGCAGCACGUCCGGGCCGGGAAACAACGCGCCGCCCGCGCCCAGCAAAAAGCGUUCGCCAGGCCCGAAUUUUGCUCUGGCGUCACAGGACGUAAUGGUUGUGGGUGAACCGUCGCUGAUGGGCGGCGACUUCGGCGACGAGGACGAGCGGUUAAUCACGAGGUUGGAGAACACGCAGUACGACGCGACGAAUAGCCUGGACCCGCAUAGUCACGACGCGACGGGCGGACCACCACCACAUCCUCACCAGUUCCAUUCGGAACCAACACCGGGAAACUCUUGGCCACCAGAUCGCGGCCCUGGCCCGCCGCAGGGAGGACCCGGUAGUCAGGGUGUACAAGGUGGCCAGGGUGGCGGGUCGGGUGGUGUACAGGGAUCGCAGGACGCCAGUCAACAGCAACAAGACAAGAAGAGCCCCGCGGUGAGCCAGUGAGGCCAGGAGUCCCCGCGCCCCCCCACCAGGGGGCGACGGGGGCGCAGGCCCAAGAACGUGGCUCCCUAGCGGGGCGAGAACCCUAACCUCCCCGGCGCCUAUAUGGCCUCCUCGGCUGUU